GCCGCUGCUGUCAGUUGUUUAACAAGAAGCAGGGCUGUACACUGGUAUCAAAGAUGAAGUGAGAUAUAUUUUAUUGCAAAUAUAAAGACAAUUAUAUUCAGAUUUGUAACGGAUAUAUAAACGAAGGAUUAACUUUUAAAGUGUAGAUUGACAGUGUUUUACAAAUAUGUUGAGUUCGACACAAACCAGUAAUGUCAAGUACGACGUACCUGAGUAUAGUACCAUUGUCCUUCUAGAAAAUGACACAGCGAAAAAUACAACGGUUACCGAUAAUUCUACUUUGAGCAGUAUAGAGAGCUGGGACCGGCAUCCAAUAAUUCGAACUACAGCAGAGAGAGCUGCCAUAAUAUUUACAGAUCCAAUCGAAGCAUUGACAGUUAUUGUUUGUAUUUUGGGCAUCAUAGCAAACGUUGCAUCAAUUAUAGCAAUUAUCAAAAUGCGAAAGAAAAUGACGACGCACCUCAAACUUAUCAUAAGCCUUUGUUUGUCAGAUGCUCUCAUUUCUCUUGGAAACUUUUCAUAUUAUUUCACUUACAUCUGUUUCAAUGGACAUGAUUGUAUUAAGACUGUAGUAAGGUUGACACCAGAUGUUGCAAUUUUCGCCACACUUUUGAAUCUACUUGUCAUGGCCCUUGAUCAUUAUGGCGCGAUCAUUAAACCAUUACGUUACAGGCAAAAGAUGACGUUUGUCAAAGGAAAUUUUGCUGUUGUAAUGGUUUGGCUUGUCAGCCUAUUCAUGGGUUUAGCAGAAGUCGUGUUUGCUAUUGGUCAAGGCGGGUCGAUUUGCACUGCAAUUACAGAAGGGAAUUAUAAUAUAGAAGUAGCCAUUAUUCUGUUCAUCUUUAUUGUACUUGUUGCAAUAUGUUUACUAUACGGAAGAAUCUACAGCCGUAUAAAAAGAGCGAUGCCGCGACGGGAAAGGGCACGCCAUCAUUCCGACUCUGGAAGCUUUAAAGCGUUAAUGACAACUGGGCUCUUUGUCGGUACCUUUAUACUGUUCUGGACUCCUUUUGCAGUUUACACUGUUUUCAUGUAUAUCAAAAAUCGAACUGAUCGUAUGUACAUCUUUCUUAAUAUUGAUAACGUCACACAAAUCCUUAAUAUUUUAUAUCUGGUUCUUCUACUGAAUGCUGUUUUUGACCCAUUCAUUUACGCCAUUCGACUACCGAAAGUAAAACAGAGAUUUAAAGCUUUUUUUACAUCAUCAAAAAGAAGUAGUAGAUCAAGUAAAACUGACAAAAUUUCAACGCACUUCCAACAGCUGUAGACCAACUUUGUCGUGAAGAUUUAAACAUCAUUUUCUAAAAUAUUUGUUUUACUAACAGUUUUAUCAAUUUAAUAUCAAACAAAUAAAAAGAAGUUUCUGAGAAAGAUUUAGUUCUUCUUACUUUUACUUGCAACUUUAUAUGAUUUGUAUCGUCCUUUUUAACAAAUGUGUUUAUGACAAUACUUUGAUCUAUAACCUAGAGAUGUCUCAAAUAUAUUUUAGCUUUCUUUCAUAAAAAACCUAAUUAAGAUACAUGGUUUUCGUAAAAUUCGUCUUUAAGCUUUAUUUCUAUAUAGAAAUAAUUCAUUCCCGUUAAACAAUAGGAGAUUUUAUACAACAUUUGUUCAUCAUAUAUUUCGGAUUUAGCACACGUAGCCAUUCAAUAUGAAUUCUUUAUGAAUAAAUUUCAUGGAAUACUUGCUUAAAACACACUUGUUACUUGAUAUAUGCACUUUGUGAAAUAGAAAUUCAAAACGAGAAAUAGAUGAAGUGAACUAAAGAUAUAUUGUAGUUUGUUAUUGUUCAGUCUUUGUUUUUGACUUAAAGAUAUACUAUGCUCACAUCUAAUAAAAUAAAAUAUUGAUAAUUUCUACA